UUGAAAUUGGCCAAUCAGAAACUAGGCCAGGUCACAAAUUUUGAUUUGAAACCCUACAUGGAAACUUGAAGGAUCGCUGUGAUUUUAAAUGACCAACAUUAAUAGAUAGACAAAAUAAUGUCCGCGAGAAGUCAUGAGGAGAUGCAGCAGGAGCUGGGCAAGUGCCUGGGCACCACGCUGAACAGAUUACAAAACAUCUGGGACGAGAUAGGGAUUCUGGACGAGCAACGACGAGAGCGCACGGACGUUGUGUUCCUGCACCUGCGUAACCUGCUGGAAGAGAUGGUGAAGGAGGAGGAAUCUCUGAAGACCAACCUGCUGCGCAAUGUGGAAACAUAUGGUGCAGACAUGCUGAAACUGAGCAAAGAGCUCGCUGUACAACCCUAUGAGCCCCCAGAUGGUAUAUCAAUCCUUCAGCUUGAGAAGGAGCUCCGGACUAAAGUGGACAUCAUGCAAAAAGAGAAACAUAACAGAUUGAAAACCCUGAAGAAGCUGCGUGAGCAGGACCAGCAUGUGUGUGACAUCCUGUGUACAACACCCUAUUACAUUCCCUCAGGCACAGUGCCCAGUGAGGAGGAACUGAACUCAUUAAGGGAACAUAUUGCGUCACUGGAGGAAGAGAGAGAAAAGCGUCACACUGUUUUCCUGAACACCAAAAAAGAGAUAGCAGCUAUUUUAGAAGCACUUGACCAGUGUCCCAACACAUCAUUUGAAAAAGACAUUAUCAAUGAAGAGGAGGAGGCUUUCCUGUUAUCCAAAGAGAACAUGGCUGCCCUGAAAGACUUGCACCAAGAUCUCUCACAGAAAAAGCAAGAUGCCCAAGAUCUUGUGGAAAAGUUAAAUGAGCAGCUGUUUUGGCUUUGGGACCGCCUGGUUAUUCCACAGGAGGAGAGGAGUGCUUUUAAAGAAGCUAACAAAGGCAUUAAACCCAAAGUCAUACAGGCAAUACGGGACGAAAUAGCCCGUUGUGAACAGCUGAAAUUACAGAACAUCCAGAGGUUUGUGGAAGGCAUCAGGACAGAGCUGUCCAACUGGUGGGAUAAAUGUUUUUAUUCAAAGGAGAAGAGAGAGGAGUUCACAGCUUUUAAUGAUGAUAAUUUUACAGAAGAGUUGCUUGAACAACAUGAUGUAGAGUUAUCAAAAGUUCGCAAUUACUACGAAGAGAAUAAAGCUCUCCUAGACAGGGUCCACAAGUGGCAAGAAAUGUGGUGUGAACUCAAAGUUUUUGAGAAAAAAGCUGCAGAUCCAAACAGGUUUCACAAUAACAGAGGGGGUGCUUUGCUGCAAGAGGAAAAACAGAGGAAGAAAAUAGAGAAACAGCUACCAAAGGUGGAGCAGGAGGUCAAGACAGCCAUACAGCAGUGGGAAACAGAGCACAGCAAGCAGUUCCUAGUGGGAGGUGUGGAGUUUGUGGACUACAUUGAACAGCAGUGGGAGAUCCACAGGCUGGAGAAGGAGAGGGAGAAAUUAGAAAGGCAUCAAAGAAAUGCCAAGGUGACAGAGGAAGAGAUGAUCUUUGGCAGUAAGCCAGCCACGCCCUCCGCCAAGAGACGGUUCCUUCUCACUCCUUCCAAGACUCCAAACAGCAAGAUGAGAAAGCUGAAUGACACCACAAAGACACCACGGUCUACAACAUUAAUUGGGGGCACCGUCUUCCCUUCACCAGCUGGACUCCCACCAAAGUCUGCUGGCAAAACAAUGUCAUCCAAGACCCCCCGCAGACUGCGGCCAACACAGCAGCGGAUGCAGCGCAAAGUGCUGGGCGAGAACACCCAGCAGAAUGUCGUGGGUGACCAGUCCAACAUCUUCAGUCACACGACCCUGAGUGCAGGCGGAGGAGUCAGAGGUAUUCAUAAUGCAAGUACCGUGUCAAUAGGCUCCACAAUCACGUACCAAGACUUUGCAAGGGGCCUUGGUCACAAAACACGCCCAAACUGCCGAAGUAGUGUCAUUCCUAAACCAUGCCCAAAAGCUACGUACCUAUGAUGAGGAAACCAUUUGAUCUGCUGAAUCUGAGGACAACUUCAUAGAGCUGCAUACUCGUAAAAACAUGUGCACUUCUGCUGCAUGUGACCUCGGAUGGAAUUAUGUUGGUGACUUUCAGUUUACUUAAAAACCUGUUCCCAGUGGCUGGGAAAUCCUUCUUGAAUCUUGAAAUGCAUUGGAGACAUGGCAUUUAUCAUCAAGUGCGUACAUUGAGAUUGGGGAAAAAAACAAUAUGAUACAGAAAGUAUGACUUAAUGAUUUUAUUUGUGCUAUUAAGCAGGCCACCCUGCAUCAAGUGUCAACUGAUCUAUUUAUAAAGCUUUCUGGGCUACAAGUGGUGCCAUCUUUGGGGUGUAGGAAUCAGUGACCUUUGCGGGAUAUCUGUCACUUGCAAACAUCCUUGUAUCAUGGUGACCAGUGUUAACCUUCUGGUAUUUUAAUAUAUUUUAAACACAUUCUGUUGUAUAUAGCUGUACAUAGAGGACUGCUAUGAUUGUGAAGAGUGGAUCUGGAAGUGACUGACUGAUAAUUCAACUGAGCUACUUAGGUGGAAUGUAUCAAAUAAAAGCAAAACACUUUUAAUUUGGCUAAUGUUAGGAAUACACAUGGAACUUAUAGGCCUUUGAUUUUGAUGAUUAAUAUUUGCACCUUGAGAAGGCUCAAUGACAAAUGCUUUGUAACAUUACCAGGUGACUUGACAGAUGAGUUUAAAAUCUAUUACUGACACUUGUUAUUGGAAAUUAAAGGCCAGCUCUUUCGGCAUAUUUUUUUGAAUGAUUUGUGAUGAUUAUUAUUAUUAUUAUUAAUACCAAACAUCCUGAGUGGGAGUGGUUCACCAAAUAUGAUGAAUUAUUUCUAAACCACCAACUGUAACAUUUGUCUGAUCAUGGAAAUACAUCAAAAUGUGGUGACAGUGAUAUCUUGAUUUUAAUGACAUUUGCAGUUAGCUUGGUUGAAAACUUGUCUGAAUUUAGGAACAAAAUAUCUGAAAUUUUUUUCUACUGGUGCACUUUCUAUAGACUGGAUAUGUUUGUACAACUUGGAGUGUAGAACCAAGAACCCCCUGUAAAUAAUGGCAAAUAAACAUCUACUCUCA